AUGUUUAAUCAUUAUUUUCUAUUUUUUGGUGCUAUUUUAUUAACAAAUUUAGUUAAUGCAAAUGUUAAUUUAACAUGUUACGAAUGUAAUAGUUGUACAAUGACACCAAUGAAAAUAUCCAUUGAAAAUCGACAAUGUGUUCGUAUUCAAAUAACUUGUAUAGCAGCAGAUAUACAUCUUAUUGAUUUAAGAGGUGAUCGGCUACAUUCAAAUCAUUCAUCGGUUACUUGUGGUCAAAAACUUAGUUAUUUAUCAACAUGUACAAUUAAUUAUCGAUGUUGUUAUACAGAUAGAUGCAAUACAUAUGAAAAUACUAUGUUAUCAUCAUCAUCACCAUCAUCAUUAUUUAUAUUAAAAAUAAUAGUAAUUAGUUUUCAUAUAUUUCUUCUUUUUCUUUGA